CCUGGGCUGGCUGCCUCCCUCCCUCCUGCCCGCGAGCGUUCGCUCCUCUUCAUCAUCCCCCCGAGUCCAGCAGAACAGUGACUGCGAGGAGUCUUCUUCAUGUGAGGAGGAGGAUGAUGAUGAUGAUGAUGAUGAUGAUGAUGAAGAACACAGCAGCACGCGCGGUCCAGACCGUGCCCCUCUGACUCGCGGGCUCGAGUCAGAGCUCCUCCCUUCCAGUGUACAGUAGGAGUAGAGGGAGAGAAGGAGGGAGAGGAGAAGGGGACUUGAGCUUUUUUCCCCCCAUCAGCUGGAGUGAAUAUGUAUCAGGGGCACGCGCAGGGGAAAGACUCGAGGGUGGUUGCCAUGGUGCUGAAGGAGCUACCAAGUAAAGCAUCCUCAGAUGGAAACCCCCUCCGCAGCGUUACAACCAAGCUGGGCAGUGAGCACCAAGAGAGCCGUCCGUUACUGAGCCCAUCCAUCGAUGACUUCCAGAGCGAGAGCAGGAGCGAUGGAGCCACACGGCCGGUCACCUCCAACACAGCAGUCAUAUCUACAGCGCUGGACCUGGUGGACCUGAGUGAGCCCAGUGAGCGGAGGUGGAGCUGGGACCGGAGGAGCCCCCGAGGCCCCCGGAGAGCGGGGUCUGCCAAGGGCAGUUUCUGCAGGAGGAAAACAGAGGAGACAGAGCUCAUCCAGGUGGACACAGAGGAGUUCUCAACUGGCUCUUUCAACGCUGAGAGAGCCUCUCUAGAUUCAGUGAGCAGCUCACCUCUGGAGAAGUGGGAGGACCUGAGCCUCCAUCCAGAUCGUGCCUUUAAUGGAGGGAGGACAUGGAGAUAUGAAAAGAAGAAGUGCACCUCACAUCACUCUUCCAGUGAGCUGCUCUGGUCGGCAGACUUUAAAAGCAGCCUCUCUAACAAACACGCCCUGGAGCUGAGCAUCAGCACAGAGUCUGACCCCGGGCCCACGUCUCAGCAGCCAAGGCUGAGACUGGGCAGCUCUCUGUUAGGCAGACAGCACUCUCUGGAGGAGGAGUUUGUGCGAGCCAAGGCCGCAGUGGAGUCAGACACCGAAUUCUGGGAUAAGAUGCAGGCGGAGUGGGAGGAGCUUGCUCGGCGGAACUGGCUGGAGGAUGGAGAGAGUGAAGGCCUGAUUCCUCUCAGCGUUUCACCCAAUGAAACGGGUUACUACUUCCACAUGGACAACCCCUAUAAAGACUGGCCCAAUGCGUUUGAGGAGGGAGUUCAGAAAGGCCGUGAAGGAGACCUGAACAGCGCUGUUCUGCUGCUAGAGGCGGCCAUCCUGCAGGACCCGCAGGAUUCAGAGGCUUGGCAGGUGCUGGGAACCACACAUGCAGAGAACGAGAACGAGCAGGCAGCCAUCGCCUGCCUACAGAGGUGUGUGGAGCUGCACCCUAAUAACCUGAGUGCACUGAUGGCUCUGGCGGUGAGCCUGACAAAUGCAGGGCAGCAGCAGGAGGCGUGUGAGGCGCUGCACCGAUGGAUCAGACACAACCCCGCCUAUAAGCACCUCCUACAGGACCGCAGCCCGCUGGACGGCUCUCCACUGCCCAAACGCAGGGGCUCCUCCGUCUCCCCCAUCUCCAGCCUCGGAUGCUCUCAGCUGGUGGAGGUGUUGGAACUUUAUCAGGAAGCUGUCCAGCAGAACCCGGGCAGUGUAGACCCUGACCUGCAGACCGGACUGGGCGUUCUCUUCAACCUCAGCUCUGAGUUUGAUAAGGCUGUGGACGCCUUCAACGCUGCGCUGUCUGUACGGCCAGAGGAUUACCUGCUGUGGAACCGGCUGGGUGCUACUCUGGCUAACGGUGACCGCAGCGAGGAGGCUGUGGAGGCCUACACCAGAGCUCUGGAGCUACAGCCUGGCUUCAUCCGCUCCAGAUACAACCUGGGGAUCAGCUGCAUCAACCUGGGUGCACACAGGGAGGCGGUCAGCAACUUCCUUACAGCUCUGAACCAGCAGAGGAAGAACAGGAGUCACCAGGUGAUGUCCAGCAGCAUCUGGGCCGCCCUGCGCAUCGCCCUGUCGCUCAUGGACCUGCCUGAGCUUUUCCAGGCUGCCAGUGUCGGGGACCUGGACCUGCUCUUGAGGGCCUUCAACAUGGACAUGUAACCCGAUUGCCCCCCCAAAAAAGCCCACCAAAUCGCAAAACAAUGCUGAAUUAGUAAUGGCCAUGUUAUCCACCGGGUGCUUUGGUGUGAUGAAUAGCGCAGAUAAAGUUACUUCUAUUGUAACUGUGGUAUAAUAGAGAGACUUUGUUAUGGAUUUGCAGUUUGCACACAGGAGGGCAUGUACUCUAUAUAUGCAGAGCGAAAGAGAGAGAAAAAAGAGAGAACAGAAGCACAUUUCAGAUAAGAUUAUAUUCUGUAAUUUUGAUUCUAGUGUUUCUUAUUGCAUCAUAAUUUGUAAAUCGAACACUCUUUGUAUACUUGAAUAUGAACCAAAUUGAUGCAGCAUGGAGGAAAUACAGAGAUCAGCACUUACUGACCUCACGUUCGUCCACUACACACUUUGUUUUUGUAACAGGAUUGCACGUCCUUUUAAGGACAACUCACUUUGUGUCAUAUUCAACAUGAUCAGUGUGUUCUUUAAAGGGAUACUCUAGUUUUUUUAGCCUGAUCUGUUUUUGCUGCGCCUGUAGCUUACGGUCGAUUACCGCACACAUGAAUUACUUGAAGAAUAAUAAUAAAAAAAAAACAUAUAAAAUAUAUUAAACCUUCAAUAAAAUUCAGUUCAGGCAAUUCAUUCAAUUUCUUAUCAACUAAUACAGAAAGUGAAGCGUAUUGUUAAUUGAAGGGGAAUUCCACCAAUUUUGCAAAAUUGCAUAAUUCAAGGUUUAAUGUGAAAUGCUCCGUUAUGGAGAAACUUACCGAUAUGUUCACAGUGGUGGUGAUAGGAACCAGACGUCCGCCUCUAGAAGGGUCACUCUCUAUUUGGAGUGGGAAAUCAUGUCACAAAGGUUGCAGGGCUUAAAAAGACUCUUAAAAUAUUAGACACCGCUCCAAAAGUCAGUAUGUAUAGUUACACAGUUGAUCUAAGAUUAAAUAUUACUUUCCCCUCAAGAUUUCUCUUGAUUUUUCUUUUUAAAUCUUGUUUCAAAGUCGUUCGGCAUCUGUAAAAAAGCUCAACACAAAAACAUUUUCAACAUUUGAGAAAGCAUUUUUAAUAUAAAACAAUAUUUUUAAGAGGUUUAAGUCAGGAAUAUGUAUAAAACAGAUUCAGGUUUACUUUUUGUAUGACUAGUGUUAUACUACAUUUUAAAAAUGUGUAUUUUGUUAAAACAAAUUCAUUGUUCACAGAGAUUUUGGUCACUGCUGCUAUCAGGAUUCUUAUAUUGCAUUUUAACACAGUAUUUUCAGCUCUAUUAAACUGCUUCUUUGGCUUGAGGCUCAUCAGAUAGGAAGCAUUUUUUAAUUAAUAUAUCAGGCAGCUCAUAACUUCUAUGUGUCACCAGUGUCAGUGUGCUGUAACGGCUGGAUAAUGAACAUUUUGUCAAAAUAAUGUCAAAAUAUCAUUUUUAUUACCGGUUUUAAAUAGUAAAAUAGUGGUGGUCACCUGAACCACCAAUGAGUCAGCCGAGUUACAAAAUCCUCAGUUAUAAGCAGAAUGACACUGGAGUCACCGUCACUGGUGUUAUAUGAAAUCUGUCUGGAAUUAAGCUCUUUUUUGCAUAUUUGAUAAUAGGAUAUUAUCAUAUAUCAUAUAUUAUUCAUGGAAAUAUUAAGAUUAUUUAGUUUUGGGAUGAAAGAAAUUGAUUUUUAAAAAAUGUAUCCACUCCAAAUGGAGAAUGACCCAAAAGCGAUAUCACAGAGGGUUUCUUACACUAAACGGUCAUAAAUAUGAUGCCUGGAACAUUGUUUUACUGUGAGACAGUGUUUUGGCCUAAAAUAACUGGCCCAACUGUUCUACGGUUCCUCUGCGUUAUAAAAAUUCAGAAGACGUGUAGGUUUCAGAUGGUAAAUAUAGCUAUGUGGCAAUAUUUGUGUUGCAGUCAUGGCGCCCCCUGGUUCCUAUCACCACCACUGGUAAAGAAAGCCGAGUCUUUCUCUACGAUGACCAUUUCACAUCAAACGUCUCCCGAAUGACAAGUGGACAUUGAAAAAUCUGUGAAAUUCCCUUUUAGCCAGUUUUAGAGAGUGCCGCAGUUCCCUUUUCAGGCACACGAUGGCACUGUUGCCACACCAAGAACAAACUCUACCACCACAGUCAGUGAAUCUCUGCUAACCUGCGCGUGGUGUGAUGAAUGACAUUAACUGCGCUUCACUCGGGGACGCGGCACCCUCUCAGAGGUGAUAUGUGCCCAGGUGUGCCAGCAGGAUGUGUUCCCCCGAGCCAUCUGUGUUCCAGUGCACCCCUUUAACUGCAGCGUGCUCCGGGGCACUCUAGAUCAGGCUUCGGCGGGUGGCCACUUCAAAGGGCCUCGCAUGAAAGGUCACGGGAGGAAAAAAACACCUCAUGUUGAAAGUGGGUGAAUGUGGGGAAGAGCAGUGGCACAAAAAGAGAAGCAGAUACUGAACACCGACACAGACACGCAAAUACAUUCGGGCUACCAUAUUGGGGAUGAAGCCUGGACUUUACAAGGCCAAAGGUCAAUUCGUGGAGUAUCUUAGGGCUGCUUGAAGGCUGUUUUUCUUUGGGGCAUGUUUGCUUCCUAUGAGACUGGAUAUUAAUAUUUAAAGAAGGUGUUGAUUUGAUAAAGUAAUGCGGGUGCGAACAGUGAAGGCCUUUACCAGCACGUACUAGACUAGAUAGCUCAUUUAAGAGACGACUAUGCAAGCCAUAACUUUAUUUUUUAAUAUUACACCUAGAACCUUCUCUCUUUCCUUAUAUAUUAUAUCAUGUCUUUAUCACGCACCAGACGCUAAAGGCAAUAGACGGGGUUUGAAAUGCAAAGCACUGUGCUGGAGAACAAAAAUGUCAAUCUUUUUAACCAAAAAAAAAAAAAAAAGCUUUUUUGUUCAGUUGUUUGUUUAUUUUUUAAAAUCUAAA